GCUUCUAUCUCCUUAGAGGUUAGGAAUUUCCGAUCAAAGAAAGCUCUUCCGAGGCGAGCUAUCGGAAAGGUUAUUACGAUUGAUCCGAUAUUUUUAACGGUUUUCGAGAUAUGAGGCUUUUCAGCUGCCAGUACCUGAAAUUGGGUGAAGCACUACCUGAAUUUUAAUUUUUGACACCAAAAGACAAUUUUAGGCCCUAGAAAUAGAAUCUGACAUAGAAGGAUUUUUUUCCGAUAUUCUUUUUUUGUGCAGUUUUGAAGAAUUUGAAUUUGGCGCGUGACGUUUGUGAACUAACAUCAACUUCCGUUCCUAUGGCAACCAGACAACCGGAAAUUGUCACCAUCAAAGUCAAAAUCAAGAAAAUUCAACAUGUCGCUGAUUUCAAACGAACCAAUCCAAAUCGUCCACUUCCUAGCAACGGGUCUAAACAACAUCUUUUUCUCAAAUGUACACAAAAUGGGAACCAGUUGUCACUUAACAAGAUCCGUAUGUGAAAAUCAACAAAAAUGAUCUCAAAAAGCGCGUAUAAGAAGCAAAAAAUUGCUGUUUGACAAAAGUAUUGAAAGUUAGUGCCUCCAGUUAUCCAAAGCACGCCUUUUCGAGACCAUCCAAGUUGGGUUGAAACAUGUUUUUAGAGCAACCCAUGCGUUCUAUGUACGAGUCGUUCGUUGCUAGGGGCGGGCCUAAAGCCAGUGACGUGCUCCAGGCGAGUCCACUCGCACGAUGAGCGGCCUACAGGUCUGGACUCGCCCAUGGACCAGCACGUCAAAGUGUAUUUUAGUGUGGGGCAGCGCACCGAAUCGGCGCUUUUCCGGCCCAACACGCCUGUGGACCAGGUGAAGGAUAUAUUUCGGGCAGCAGCUGAAGCCGGUCCAAGUGAUAUUCUGAAAUUGUACAACGCUGCUGGUCAGCUACUCAAUAUCAGUGCAGACUUGCUUCCCAACACUGAGGACACGCUUUACUCUUUACAGGUUGUGGCCGCGAACGGUUUAGCCAUGCUGCAGGAGUCAACCUGCGCAGAACUCAAGUCGCUGGAGGCGCGCGUUUCAGCUGUAGAACGGCAAAUGCGCGCAGAAUUGCCUCUUCCCGCGGCAGUCGAAGAUCUGCGCAGAGAAGUGGAGGCGUUUCGCGAAAGACUGGAAACUGAUGAGGGUCUAAGCUGGCUUGGAUUCUACAAGCAACUUCCAGAGCCACUUUCCAGCGAGGAAUGUCGUCGACUUCAGUACCGCAGGAAGAGUGAUUCGGUGAAAAAUCGGGUUAAGAAGAAUUUUGCAAAUAUUUGUGAUGCCCAGGUCUCAGAUGCGAUCAGACAGUGGCUCAGAAUGCCCACCUUUGAUGCACGCCCCUGGGAGGACGAGGAACUUCUCCUCCUUCUUCAGCAGAUGUAUUUGGAUCACGAUUUCUGCGCGAAAUUUGCCAUUGACAUCAGCACCCUUAGGAAAUUUUUAUACGAGGCGUACAAGAACUACAACGAUGUGCCGUUUCAUAAUUUUCGUCAUUGUUUUUGUGUCGCCCAAAUGUUGUACGCGAUUUCGUGGUGCGUGGAUUUGCCCAGUAAAAUCGGUGACUUGGAAGUGCUGAUUCUGCUCACAUCCUGUAUAUGCCACGAUCUGGACCAUCCCGGGUACAACAACAUUUAUCAAAUUAAUGCCAAAACGGAGCUGGCAAUACGCUACAACGAUAUCUCUCCAUUGGAGAAUCACCAUUGCAGCGUGGCUUUUCGACUCCUCGAGAACGACGAUUGCAACAUCUUCAAGUCCUUCGGCAGUGAAGACUUUAAGCAGGUGCGAGAAGGAAUGAUUAGGUGCAUUUUGGCCACCGACAUGGCGCGGCACAACGAGAUUCUGACCAAUUUUCGCGAAAUGUUGCCCUGCUUUAACUACGACGAUAAAGCUCACGUAAAUCUGCUGUGUAUGGUACUGAUAAAAGUGUCGGAUAUCUCCAACGAGGCCCGGCCAAUGGAUAUAGCGGAACCGUGGCUGGAUCGGCUGCUGCAGGAGUUUUUCAAGCAAAGCGAUGCGGAGAAGCUGGAAGGCCUCCCUGUAACUCCGUUUAUGGAUCGCGAAAAAAUUACCAAACCUUCAUCGCAAUGCUCGUUUAUCGGGUUCGUGCUGUUGCCCCUGUUCGAGGCCCUUGGCGAAUUACUCACCGAACUUCAAGAUCUCAUCGUUCAGCCGGUACGGGACGCUCUGGACUACUACAAGAGACUAAACGAAGUAACGAGAGAAGAAAGACUGCACCGCAAAAGUAUCGUGGCCGAAAUGGCCGAUCAUCAGCACAACUCGGCGAACCAAAGCCCGGAUAGUGGAAACGCGGCCCUACCCAAGUCUGGCUCAAAUGUUAGCUUUAAGGCGAAAAUCCUUUCCAGCAGGUCCAGAUCUCGAUCCACUGAGGAAGAAACUGAACUGAGCUUGGAAGGAUCCGUCCAACAAUACCUGGAAGAUCAGAGUCUGGAAGACGUGCUGGAGGACCCGGAAAGUGGCGACUCGGAAACAGCGAAUGAAGUGGAAGUGUCCGAAAAAGCCCUAAAGUUCAAAAUAUCUACCGAAUGCACGGCGCCAACCACCGGCCGUAAAAGUUAUCCCGGAUCGAGGAAAGGGAGCAGAGAACGCGGACAACAUUUGAACCAGAGCGAUAUAAGCAGGAUGAUGCAGCAAAAGGGCAAACUGAAAGCGACGGCAUGUAGUUUCGAUCACCACUUCCUAUCGGAUAACAAAAAACUAUCCUUCGAUAGUCCGUCUUUUUUAGAUGAGUACGCGCUGACGUUGAAAAAGCGCUUUGAGGAGGGAUUGACGGGCUAUCGGGAUACGGCUGGCGAAAACAACGACGAUGAGUGCGUCCUUUCCCAAGAAACAAUCAAUUUAAACAAGCGGAACUCUGAACACUUGGUAAAAGUUUUCGACGAAAAGAAGAGCAUUUUGAAAUGCCCGGACCACAAAAACAACGUACACGUUGAGAACUUGAGGAUCAACAUUAACACCACGGCGGAGGACGAGCCCGUUAAAAGCAGCCCCAAAUAUAGCAUGGUCAACAAAAAGUACAAAUACUCGGAGCAAAGCGACAACGACAUCAGCGUUAUAUCGCUGAAAGAGGAAAUCAAAAUCCAGUCACCACCUUCAGAGGCGAAGUCGAAUAGAUCGAUUCUAUCCAGAUUUCGUCAGCUUACCGACAGGUUCGGGCUGUCGCAAGACUCGAAAGUGAAACACCCAAAAAACAACAACGUUUCCAAAACCACCCUGCACAAAGGUAAGACAAAAGUAGAGCCAACUCACUGUAAGAGUUUAGAGAAAGUAGACAUUAGAAGGGCCAGCACGCUGCCUAAAACCAAAGGGCGCACGAGCAAAAGCUGGAAAUCUUUUAUUUUAGGCAAAGAGAAACACUGGUCAUCCGACCAAGUCUUGGAUUGCAACGUUUCAGAAUUGGACAAUCAAUCCCUACCAUCUACCUCACAGAUGAACAGUAACUGUGCCACGCCCAAUAAAACUUCAACAAGUCUGCAGAACUCGCCGCGAAAAAGCGUCGCUCGAUCAGAGUCUUUCGUGAUGGGAAAUAAUGUGACUAAUCGGAGUGUGGACGCGCAGGAAAUUCAAAACGACGGAGAAAAUGACCCGAAUAUAAUUUGACAAGAAGUCAACAUUCCCGAAACGGAAUGUUUUUCCAGAUACAUAUUUUGUCGCUGUUGUACAUAUAGGUCUAAUCCUAGCGAGUCUGUUUAGGAAAUUAUUCGAUUUAUUUAUUUUCGUUUUUUUUAGCUAUUUAUUACGACCUGAUAAUUUUAAGUGUCUAGGAAAUAUUUAUCGAAAUCUAUCUGUAUCCGAAUUGGUGAAGCCGACAAAACCACAAAAGCAAAAAUACCAUUUUUAGUUGCCCUAAAAGACCAACGGUAACGUUCAUUUGCUACAACAGAAAUGCAUAUCAUACGAGUGUUUCCUAUCCAAAUUGUAAAUUAAAAUCGUUUUAUGGCUCUUUAAAUCAUUCACAUUUAAGACCUUUUUUUGGAAAUAAAAUAUUGAAUUUCCUCACUGAUACUGUGCUAUUGGGGAUUGCUUACACACGAAGUGGGACCCGAAAUGUUCGAUAUAUUUCAAGCAUUUUCCCCUUAAAAACACACAUAGUUUUCAUGCCUUACUUGACUCUCUUGUCUCAAUGCGCCUAGACUUAAUAAAGAUGAACCACUAAUUAAAUAUGAGGAUACUAUUUUUUUCAGAAGAGCUAAUUGAUCAACAAGACAAAUAUCAAAAUAAUGAAUUUCAGUCAGUGUAGAAAAAAACGUCCAAAAUCACCUUGACCAAUGUAUUGAUUGCAAUGCUUUCUUUGAUAGAUUCAUUGUCCUCAAAAAACUUCAAAGCAGGUGUUACUCUUUCAAUUAGUGAAUUUUUAUAAUCAUUCGAUACUGGAUAGGAAAGUUCCAAGUUUUCAACCCAUCCCAAUGAAAAUCUGUUCAUUUUCCCAACUUAUACAUAUCAAAAUGCCCGACUUUCUUUGCUACCUGAUACGCUUCCUUUCUAUACUUCUGAGGACCACUGUCUUAAAAGUCUGUACUUUAUUAUAAUUCAGAUAUCCGUUUAAUGUUUAUUCAAUGUAUUUUCGAUACAGGAAAAGCUUCGCGCUGAACAAACGCGUUUGCUUGUUUUUGGUAGGAGCAAAUAUUAGUUUGGGCCAGAAAUUAUCGAUUUUUCCACAAUUUAUCAAAAUUCUAGAAAUUUUCCCGAAAAUAAUAGUUAGGAUGCCGGUUGCUUUGUUCAGCCCGAACCAAUUCCUUUAAAUUAGAAUAAACGAAGUGAAUCUAGCGUAAAUUCUAAAAAAAUUAUAUUUUUAUGCCUCAUGUACAAUCAAUUUGUUGCACAAUACAUGCGAUUUUUGUAGUCAAUAGUUAAUUUUAAGUAGGUAAGAGGAAAAUCGUUUGUACAGAUAACUAAAUUGACGGUAUAUUUGGAAAAUAAAUGAUUAUAAUUUAAUGUAAAAACUAAAUAAAUGUGUAUAAGUAAA